AUGUCGUCUGAUGGGGAAUUUACAAGAACCCAGAUAUUUGGUACCGUGUUUGAAAUCACAAAUAGGUACACCGACCUAAAUCCAGUAGGCAUGGGAGCUUUUGGAUUAGUCUGCUCUGCCGUGGACAAGCUAACUGGUCAAAAUGUGGCAGUGAAAAAGAUCAUGAAACCCUUUUCCACUUCGGUGUUGGCGAAGAGGACAUAUAGGGAAUUGAAGUUGUUGAAACAUUUGAGGCAUGAAAAUUUGAUCACUUUGGACGAUAUAUUUAUUUCACCUUUGGAAGACAUUUACUUUGUUAACGAACUACAAGGUACAGAUUUGCACCGAUUAUUGACAUCGAGACCUUUGGAAAAACAGUUUAUUCAAUACUUUACCUACCAAAUAUUAAGAGGUUUGAAAUACAUCCAUUCAGCUGGUGUAAUACAUCGUGAUUUAAAACCUUCCAAUAUUUUGAUAAAUGAGAAUUGUGACUUGAAGAUUUGCGAUUUUGGGUUAGCAAGAAUUCAGGAUCCUCAAAUGACAGGUUACGUGUCCACAAGGUAUUAUCGUGCACCGGAAAUUAUGUUGACUUGGCAGAAAUAUGAUACAGAGGUUGAUUUAUGGUCUGUUGGUUGUAUAUUAGCAGAAAUGAUUGAAGGAAAACCUCUUUUCCCAGGUAAGGAUCAUGUACAUCAAUUCUCGAUCAUAACCGAGUUGCUAGGUAGCCCACCACCAGAUGUAAUUGAUACUAUAUGUUCUGAAAACACUUUGAGAUUUGUUCAAACAUUCGCUCAUAGAGAACCUAUCCCUCUUAGUGAAAGAUUUGCUUCUUGCACGCAUGUUGAACAAGAAGCAAUUGAUUUAUUGGCUAAGAUGUUAGUGUUUGAUCCUAAGAAGAGAAUAAGCGCUGCAGAAGCUUUGACUGAUCCAUAUAUGGAGCCAUAUCACGAUCCAACUGAUGAACCAGUGUGCGAAACAAAAUUCGACUGGAGUUUCAACGAUGCCGAUUUGCCUGUCGAUAGUUGGAGAGUCAUGAUGUAUAGCGAAAUCUUAGAUUUCCAUCAAAGUAUUGGAGUAGGUGGCAGUGGGAUAGAUUUGGAGCAACAACAGGUGAGUGAUGCAAACGGAGAUACUCAGAAGUUGGAGCAAUUUAGUCAACAGCUGCAGCAGCAAGAUCAACAACAAGAUCAACAACAAGAUCAACAACAAGAUCAACAACAAGAUCAACAUUCACGGCAGCAAGCGCAAGAGCAAAGUAUUUAG